AUGAUCAUUCUCAUCCACAACCAUCAUCAAUCUAUGCUGAAUCGUUUCAGAUUUGAAUCGAUUGAUUCUUCUUGGAUAACUCGCCAACUAAAUAAAGACAAAACUAUUGAACCUGUUUUAUGUGGCCACAGUGAAAAAUUAGCAAUAGCUUUUAAAUUAAUUCCACGACCUCUUCCUGAAUUUACUCAAAUUACUAAGGACCGUCGAAUUUGUGGUGAUUGUCGCGAAUGCAGUUACAAAACUUCGACACAUCGAUAUGAUUAUCCGUCAUGUUAA